AUGUCUGCUACCGACUCGGAGAGCUCCAUCGAUUGGCUGGCGACCGACAACGAGGAGGACGAGGACAAUGAGCCGGACGUCGCGCCGCGGAGGCCCCUGGUGGAGGCGCUCCACCCGGGCAGGCGGGCCGACGCGGUGAAGAGGGUCUGGAGCGCGGUCGGCGACGGCAGCGGCGACGCCGCCAGGAGACCGGGUCAGACCACAGCGGGGGGAGAGGCGAGGAUCGCCAGGAACCCGCUGAAGAGGCCCCACGGCCUAGUGGAGGGCCUGCCACCGCAGCCCCUCUCCAUCCAGGAGGGCCGGGAGCAGGUCUUCACCAGGAAGUGUAUGGCAUUACAAUGCUACAUUCAUCCGUUAUCGUCCAUCCUGAAUGGCCUUCGCUCGGGGAGAUACAGAGAACCUUCAGCCCCUCUGCAGAGACAACGUGACUCACGACGGACCUCCCCGCUUCCUCUGUGUACAGGACUCAGCAGUUUCCAGGAGAGCGUUGCCAUUGACAGGAUCCAGAGGAUCAUGGGGGUGUUGCAGAAUCCCUGCAUGGGUGAGAAGUACGUCAACAUCAUUCUCAAAAUGGAGGACAUGCUAAAGAGUUGGUUUCCCGAUGUAAAACCCCAAGACCAACCAACAGGCACUCAGACGGAGCAUGAAGCUCCCCCUAAGAAACUCAAGCCCUCCUCCCCGGUGAGCACGGACCUGACCAGCGCCCCGUCCCUCGCCAGUGCCGGCGCUCCUGGCGUUCCCGCGGCACACAGCCCCACGGUCCCGCGCGUCCCGGACCACAGACCGCCGGGGGCCAAGUCGGCCGGCAGCAGACCGACGUGGCUCCACGCCUCCCCCAUCUGCUCGCCCAGCGCGGGACAGCCCCCACCGCCGCCGCCGCCCCCACCCCCUCCGCAGCAGGCGCCUCCGCCCCGGGCCCUGGAUGGCCCCGGGCCCCAGCCUCCGGCCCCCAGAGACAAAGCGCUAACGCAGGACAGCGCGGUGUCCUCCAGCACGGACCGCUACGCGAAAACAGACGCUGCCGCUCCCCUGAAACCGCCCCCGCUGGGCAAAAAGAUCAACGCGCCCUGUCUGGAGAGGCUCCUCAAGUCCACCGAGAGCAUCAUCGGCCACAAGGCGUCGGGGCGCGUCGUGGGCGACAGUUAGGCCUAGCCCAGGGAGGCGGGUACGCCUAGCCUAGCCUUGCCUAGCCUUGCAUGCCCUACUGGGAGCCAGACAGCUCACUUAGUCCAUUCCAGCCUUCAAGAGAAGAGAGAGGGUUCACAGAGCACACCGUGGACCGUGUUUGAAGAGCAUGAGCAGCGUGUUGAGUGAACUGUGUCCUCUACACGGGAACGCGCCCUCCCUCAGCCGACGCCGCUUCAGUUUAGAUCCGUUGGGUGAACUCUUUUUUUAUUUUGUUUGCACUGUCAGAAGUGUGUGUGUGUGUGUGUGUGUGUGUGUGUGUGUGUGUGUGUGUGUGUGUGUGUGUGGGAGGAGGAUGAAAAUGUAAUGACUGAGAUCCACAGCUUUGCUUUGUCAGCAAUUGUAGAAUUGUUGUAUUUCUGAGCUCGUAGAUGCAAUAAUAUCCCUUCAAAAUGUCUGCCACCAUGCUCGUAAAAAGGGAAUCUGGUUAAAAA